AUGCGCCACUUUCUGGCGUAUCUCCUCCUCGCCAUCACCAAUGGCCUCGCCCUCGCCGCCGCAUCCGACUACCACGAGCAAUUGACCCUCCGUCCGCUGCCCCUAUCCCAGCUACUAGCAAGCUUCAACUUCCGCGCCAACACCUCGAUCGCCGACUUUGAGGCGCACAACUUUCGACUCUUCCCGCGCUCCCUGGGCCAGAUCCUGCAGUAUGCGGGCACCCGGGAGUUGCACCUCCGGUUCACACUAGGACGGUGGGAUGCACAGCGUUGGGGCGCUAGACCCUGGGAUGGCACGCGCGAGGGCGGUACUGGUGUUGAGCUUUGGGCGUGGUUGGAUGCUGAGACGGAUGAGGAGGCGGAUGAGAAGUGGUUGACGUUGACGAAUGCCUUGUCGGGCUUGUUCUGCGCCAGUCUCAACUUUAUCGAUUCGACGAGGACGAUCCGACCGGUCAUGUCGUUCCAGCCCGAUGGAGACCACUCCAACUCGUCGCUCGCCAACACGAGGCUUCUUCACGGUGUUUUGCCGCACGAGGUUGUCUGCACGGAGAACCUGACACCUUUCUUGAAGCUGCUCCCUUGCAAGGGCAAGGCUGGCGUUGCUAGUCUGUUGGAUGGCCACAAGCUGUUUGAUGCGUCUUUCCAGAGCAUGGCUAUCGAUGUGCGACCCAAGUGCAAGGCGGAUGGCGAUUGCGUCUUGGAGAUGGAGGAGACUAUCGACAUGGUUCUUGAUGUGAACCGAUCCAAGAGGCCUCAGAAUAACCCCAUCCCGAGACCUCCUCCAGGCGACCAGCUCAUCUGCGAUACUUCCAAGCCAUACCAUGCCGAGUUUACAUGCUUCCCCGCCGACAACCUUGACGGUCAGGAUUGGAGCAUCUCCCAGGUCUUUGGCCGACCCAUGAAGGGAACCUGCCCUCUUACCGAUCCCGAUGUUCCUCCCAUCUGCGUUCAGAUCCCCGAAACUCGAGAUCUCUACGCCACACAAGGCGCGCGAGAGAUCAAGGCCCCGGAUGGCUCAUCGCGAUGCUACCAUCUUGAGCCCAACGAUGAAUUUGAGCUUAUGCUAGUGGGGCCUGAGUCCCAGGAUAAGGACAAGCUCCUUAACAAGCCUGAAACUCCUCUUCUCUACGCUGAGCGCAGCUUCAACGGCCAUGGUCAGGAACAUGGCGGUGUCCAGGCCAUCCUUAGCAACCCCAGCGACACUGACGUCGAGUUUGUGUACAUGGAAUCACUUCCCUGGUUCAUGCGCAUUUACCUACACACUCUGUCCGCCCGCAUCGCAGACUCGCCGGCGGAGAACUCUACAGAUAUCAUCAAGGAGAUCUACUACCGCCCGGCUCUUGAUCGCGCUCGCGGUACUCAACUCGAGCUCCUGAUGCGCAUUCCCCCACACUGCACCGUUUUCUUGACUUACGACUUUGAAAAGUCCAUCCUCCGCUACACCGAAUACCCCCCCGACGCAAACCGCGGCUUCGACGUAGCAGCAGCCGUCAUCACGACCCUCGAACCCAAGGUGAUGAACAUCCGCACGACGAGUCUGCUACUAUACCUACCGACCCCCGAUUUCAGCAUGCCCUACAACGUGAUUAUUUUCACGUCGACGGCCAUUGCGCUGGCAUUUGGAGGGUUGUAUAAUAUUCUUAUUAGGAGAUUUGUCGGGGCGAAUGAGACGACUGGGCCGACGCUCAAGUCAAAGUUGGCGGGUUUGAUUGGGAAGAUAAAGGGUAAGAAGGCAUCGAAGCAAUAG